UCAAAAAGGAAAUUCCCACUCUAUUUAAAGACCAAUUUUGUAGAUUUAUACGAACCGAUGACUGCAAACGAAAAACCCAAAGUACAAAAACACAAAGGCCAGGGACAUUUCAAGGAAACUGAAGCCUCGAAACGACAGUUCUUAAACCUCGGAGUUUCUUUACUUUGAAUCUCUGGUGGCUUUUUCUGGGAUUGUUGGGUUUCUCUGGUUUUUGAGUUAUGAGUUGGAGAAGGAAACAAGUUGACGCUUAUUCUCCACACAAUCCAAGGACUAAAUUGCAGAGCAGAGAGCCACAGCACCACCAAGAUUGUUGGCAAUUAGGUGCACCUUACUGGGAAAAGCAAUUCUGUUUGAUUGUUGGCUCAGUUCCAUGGCGGAGGGUUGUAGAAACAAAGAAGGAUAUGCAUCUCUAUGAAAGCAUCGUUCAAUGGAAUGAUUCUGCUAAUUUAGAGACAUUCAACAAUGAGAAAUACCGGUUUUGGGCAGCGAUUAACGGCCUUUCCUGCAACAUAUCAUUGCCAGAUCCUGACAUGUAUAUUGAUGACAUAGAUUGGAACUCCAGUAUUGAUCCUGAACUGAUUUUGGACUUGGAAAGGGAACCUGAACCCUCCAAUGAUGAGAGCCAAGAUAAAGGUGUCACUGUUGGUAAUCCUCUCCUUUUAGAUCAGUCGCUUGCAUGCAUUGGAUGGGGCGAUGCUGAAGAUGACCUAAAAAAUAAUGAAAAUCCUGCAAACUGGGGUAGUGGAUGGGGCGCUGCUGAAGAAGACUUAAAAAAUAAAGAAAAUCCUGCAAACUGGGGUUGUGGAUGGGGCGACGCUGAAGUAGACUUCAAAAAUAAAGAAAAUCCUGCAAACUGGGGUAGUGGAUGGGGCAUUGCUGAAGAAGACUUCAAAAGUAUACAGAAUCAUGCAAACUGGGGUUAUGGAUGGGGCAUUGCUGAAGAAGACUUCAAAAGUAAUCAGAAUCAUGCAAACUGGGGUUAUGGAUGGAGCAAUGCUGAAGUAGACUUCAAAAAUAAAGAAAAUCCUGAAAACUGGGGUUGUGGAUGGAAUGCGGAUAAUAAAGAAAAUCCACGGAGACCUGAUUCUACUCAGACUCAGAGCAAAGCAGCUGUAGGAGGAUGGGAUAACAGUUGGAACAACAAUUGGGAUAAUAACUUAAGCAAGUGGAAGAACAAUAUCGACGCUUCAAAGAACAUGCAUUAUGGAAGAGCUGAUGGAGCUUCAUGGGGAAAUUCAAAUGGAAAUGGAAGGAAGAAAGAUGGAGGUAGUUGGUACAACUCAAGGUAUAAGACCUCGAGAGUUCAAGGUGACUAUUACCAGAAAAACGGAGGGUGGAGUAACGGAGGCAGAAGGAACAACAGAGAUCAUGUCGGUUACGAGAACCUGGCUUGAGGGGGUAAAACUCGGAAAUGUAAGCUAAUCUGGGACUCGAAUGGGUGAGAAACCAGUUUUGCGAGUGUCUCGAGUAUGUGAUUUAUGUUGUAGUUUUGUUUUGUCUUUUGUUGGCUUUGCCUGUUUUGGGCAGAGUAUAUAGUAGGUGGGGGUAGUAAAAAUGUGAAGUGUAAUCGGCAAGGUCGUAUCUAUUCUAUUCAUUCAGUUUGUAUGUGUUGCAUUUGUGCAAUCUAUAUGUUGAAAUAAAAACCUCACCUAAGGUUUCUUAGCAGGCGCUGAAAAUUGGUUGAGAUGUAUAUCUCAGGUCAUA